UCCGGGGAGCCGGAGGAGGAGCGGCUGCGAGCGCGGGAGCCGAGAGAGCGCGAUGCCGGCAGCGGCGGGGGACGGGCUCUUGGGCGAACCGGCGGCUCCGGGGGGCGAUGGAGGCGCGGAGGACACGGCCAGGCCGGCGGCGGCCUGCGAGGGAAGUUUCCUGCCUGCCUGGGUGAGCGGCGUGUCCCGCGAGCGGCUCCGGGACUUCCAGCACCACAAGCGCGUGGGCAACUACCUCAUCGGCAGCAGGAAGCUGGGCGAGGGCUCCUUCGCCAAGGUGCGCGAGGGGCUGCACGUGCUGACCGGAGAGAAGGUAGCCAUCAAGGUCAUCGAUAAGAAAAGAGCCAAAAAGGACACCUAUGUUACCAAAAACCUGCGUCGAGAGGGGCAGAUCCAGCAGAUGAUCCGACACCCCAACAUCACGCAGCUCCUGGACAUCUUAGAGACAGAGAACAGCUACUACCUGGUCAUGGAGCUCUGUCCCGGUGGCAACCUCAUGCACAAGAUCUACGAAAAGAAGCGGCUAGAUGAAGCCGAGGCCCGCAGAUACAUCCGGCAACUCAUCUCUGCAGUGGAGCACCUGCACCGUGCCGGGGUGGUCCACAGAGACUUGAAGAUAGAGAAUUUGCUGCUAGAUGAAGACAAUAAUAUCAAGCUGAUUGACUUUGGUUUGAGCAACUGUGCGGGGAUCCUGGGUUACUCGGACCCAUUCAGCACACAGUGUGGCAGCCCUGCCUAUGCUGCUCCAGAGCUGCUUGCCAGGAAGAAAUACGGCCCCAAAAUUGAUGUCUGGUCAAUAGGCGUGAACAUGUACGCCAUGCUGACCGGGACCCUGCCUUUCACCGUGGAGCCUUUCAGCCUGAGGGCUCUGUACCAGAAGAUGGUGGACAAAGAAAUGAACCCCCUUCCGACCCAGCUCUCCACAGGGGCCAUCAACUUUCUGCGCUCUCUCCUGGAACCUGACCCUGCAAAGAGACCAAAUAUCCAGCAAGCGCUGGCAAAUCGCUGGCUGAAUGAGAAUUACACUGGGAAAGUGCCCUGCAACAUCACCUAUCCCAACAGGAUUUCUCUGGAAGACCUGAGCCCCAGCGUGGUGCUGCAUAUGACUGAAAAGCUGGGCUAUAAGAACAGUGAUGUCAUCAACACGGUGCUCUCUAACCGUGCCUGCCACAUCCUGGCCAUCUACUUCCUGUUGAACAAGAAACUUGAGCGCUAUUUGUCAGGGAAAUCGGACAUCCAAGAUAGCAUCUGCUACAAGACCCAGCUCUACCAGAUAGAGAAGUGCAGAGCCACCAAGGAACCUUAUGAGGCCUCUCUGGAUACCUGGACAAGGGACUUAGAAUUCCAUGCUGUGCAGGAUAAAAAGCCCAAAGAACAAGAAAAAAGAAGUGAUUUUCUUCAUCGCCCGUUUUCCAAGAAGUUGGAUAAGAACCUGCCUUCUCACAAACAGCCGUCACCCUCACUGAUCACACAGAUCCAGAAUACCAAAGCCCUGCUCAAAGACCGGAAGGUCUCCAAGUCAGGCUUCCCCGACAAAGAUUCCUUUGGCUGCCGCAACCUUUUCCGAAAAACUUCUGAUUCCAACUGUGUGGCUUCGUCUUCCAUGGAAUUCAUCCCUGUCCCACCUCCCAGGACACCAAGGAUUGUAAAGAAACUAGAGCCACACCAGCCAGGGCCAGGAAGUGCCAGCAUCCUCCCCAAGGAAGAGCCCCUGCUGCUGGAUAUGGUACGAUCCUUUGAGUCCGUGGAUCGAGAGGACCACAUAGAACUUCUGUCCCCUUCCCACCAUUAUAGGAUCCUGAGCUCACCUGUGAGCCUGGCUCGCAGGAAUUCUAGUGAGAGGACACUCUCCCCGGGGCUGCUGUCUGGAAGCACAUCACCUCUCCAAACUCCACUGCAUUCCACGCUGGUCUCUUUUGCCCACGAAGAAAAGAACAGCCCCCCAAAAGAGGAGGGUGUGUGUUCACCACCUCCAGUUCCCAGCAAUGGCCUCCUGCAGCCUCUGGGAAGCCCCAACUGUGUGAAAAGCAGGGGACGGUUCCCCAUGAUGGGCAUCGGACAGAUGCUCAGGAAGCGACACCAGAGCCUGCAGCCUUCCUCAGAGAGGUCCCUGGAGGCCAGCAUGUCCCCUCUGCAGCCCACAGCACCUUCCAGCCUCUCCUUUGACAUGGCCGACGGUGUCAAGGGCCAGUGUUAACCUGGGAUGGCAAGAUUCUGGGUCUCUGUGAGGACAGCUGUGGAACAGAGCACCACACGUGCACCAGGGAAUGAGUGAACAGCCUCACAAGAGCAUCCUUUAUUCCUGGUACACGGUGUCCCACGCUUACAUCAGCUAAGAUUCACAGACUCAAUGUCCAUACACUCACUUAGGGACCCUCUGAGAUGCUGGGACUCCGGGGAUGGGGGUGGGGGGCUGUGGGAAUCACACAUUCCAGCCUGAGAUUCUCUUUGCUACCACUAAUCACUGAGCCCUCUUCAGUAUCCCCAGUGGGGCUCAGGGCUAAAAAAACACACCUCCACCUGCUGGACCACUCAGAUUUCCAGACUGGUACUAGGCCUUGCCUGCCUCUGCUCGCUAUAUGCCUCUCACAGACUGCUCUGUUCAGUGGUCAGUUAUAGUCUCACGAGGACCACACCACUCAUUGUAAGGAUGUUCACCCACCCUAGGGAUCCCCCCGCAGAGGGAAGCAAGUCCUCUUCCCCUAAGAUCCCCUACAGGAAAGCAGAGUGGUGAGUCACAGUGAUGGACCCAGAAGAUGGGAUGGCACCUCAGACAGAGAUGGAGCCCAACAGGGAGAACCCAGGAGGGAGGUGAAGAUUCAAGCAAACUCUCAUUCCUGUGCAAUGUUUGGACAGAUUUUUCUUUUCUCUCUUUCUUUCCCUGCCUCCCCUCCCCCUUUUUGGGUUGAAACUUGAUGAGGAUUGAAUGAACUUGUCCAAAGAGAUCUUUCUUUAUAUGAAAUCAUUAAAUUUAAGUAACUUUUUUUUUUUAAGACAGAGUCUCAUUAAGUAGCCCAGGCUGGCUUCAAACUCAUGAUCCUCCUGCCUCAGCCUCCAAAGUGCUGGGAUUACAAGUGUAUACCCCGUGUCUGGCUCAAAAUAGCAUUUUUUUUUAAACUGUGUGGCCAGAUGGAAAGUAAUUUUACCAAAUUCAUGGGUUGUUUGUUUGUUUGUUUUUCUGAGAGGCUGCAGCUCAGAUGGCCAAAAAGCUGGCUUGGGAAGUAAGGGGAGGAACAUUGAACCACACUGCCUGAGGAAUGGCAGCCUAGCCAUCCUGUGUUUAUACUGUGGCAGCAGCUGAAGGCAUAGAACUUAGCUCCAGAUGGUUCUGGUGAAAAAGAAAGGAUUCUUAAGGCAGAGUUGAGAUGGCAAGAAAGAGGGAACUUGCUGUGCCAUGCUGUUCUGCCGAGGUUAGAACUUAGCUGUUCUGCUGGGAGCUAGGAGCAUGCUUGCUCCCUGGGACAAGCUCACAGACAGGUUCAUCCCCAAGGAAAACAGUGUCCCCCAAACAGGCUUUCAGUCCACACUGUAUUCUGCACCUUCCCCUCCAGGAUUGAACCAAAGAUGCAUUUCUGGUUUUGUGACUGUGCCACCCCUGUGUGUCUUUUGUGGACCCUGGUGUUGUCUUGAUCAUGUCCAGCUGGCGUUUGAUGGAGAACUGUCUCUGUGUGCAUCCUGGGCCCUGGUACUCAGCAGAGGACACUGAGUGCCGUUAUCAGGAGGGGAAGACUUGGCACGGUUGGACCACAGCUAGUUUAGGAGAUGAGUUAUGGAACAGCCCAGAAUCUUCGGUAUUUGACUAUUUCAGAUGUGAUCAGAGACCAUAGCUGUAGCCAUGAAGCCAGGUUCAUCGUUUUGGUCCAUUGAUUCUAAAGUGGACAAAUUUAUGUGAAAUCACAAAGCCGGCCUUUGCCAGUGAGGAAUGAGACGCAGCAUCAACCAUGUCUCAUUUACCAGUGGUGGCUUCCUUUGGCCUCUCGCAGCUCCGACUGGACAAGAAGAGAACAUACAUUUGGCUGACCCUGGAAGAAAAUUGCUCUUGGCUGAAUUUGGUAAGACCUGGACUACUUAAACUCUAAGGAGGGACUGACUCCUUCCCAAGGACCCAUUAGGAGGAGGCCAGUCUUCUCUCUCAUCAGCUGGUGGUGGUCUUCAUUCAGCAUGGCUUCAGCUCAGCUUCCAGGAUUACCACUGAAAAUAGAACUCUUUAAGCAGAGAGAAGAGGAGAAUCAUCUACAGACACUCUCUAUUUGACGUGAUAUGUUUGAGUUUUGAUGAGUAAAGAGUCGAUUUUAAAAAUAACUGCCAACUGCAGGUAUCCGGCUCCACAAGCCGGUAGGAUAUGUACCUGUGUGCUGUGCCCCACCCCCCUUUCUCGUAGCCCCUUAUGUCUUUUUCUGGCUGUUUGCUUUCCUCACAUGUAUGUGUGCCUGUGCUGGUGUUAGCUCGUGGAGAAAGGGUUUCCCGUUCUUCGAAUGCUAAGAGAACAGCGUCAGAUGUACAACUAGUUGUCUGCAUUGCCUCUGGUAACGUGGACUCAGAACUCUGGUUACCCAUCUGAGUACUCAAUGGGUAGUGGACCCAUUGAGAGACAAGUGAGAGCAGGAGGGGAGACAAGCUGUGUUUUGGGGUGCACAUAAAGACCUGACAGACAAGUCUAGGAAACCGAGUGAAAGAAAAAAUGUUAAAUUCUUUAUUGUUUUAUUGUAUUUAUAUGGAAAACCUGACUGUCCUCUUGUUAAGUGCAGAGUGUAUUGUCUGUUUGGCCCAUGACUGUCCUUCAUGAAUGAAUCUUUGCCUGUGAUUCUAGUCAGCCUGUGGCUACUGAUGGGAAUGACCGAUCUGUCAUCAUGUGAAGUCCAGGAGGAAGAGUCUAUUUUAGUCAUACGAUUUGGUCAUGAGUAAGGACUAUAUUUAUGUCACCACUAUUGAAUAUAUGUACUUUUAUAAUGGCUGUGAAAUACACUUUUUCCUCACUAUG